GGGGCGGAGCGGUGCCGCACCGGGCCCCCCACCGCCCCGCUUCCCCAACUCCCAGACCGGCCACCCGCUCCUCCCUCGGGGGAGGAAAAGGUUCCUCGCUCACAAAAGAGCAACCCGACAUUUCUACGCUCCUUCCCCGGCCUACUCCCAGAAGACCCCACCUCCCCGCCCGGCCGCCCUCCCCUACCGGCUUUGCUCCUCCGCGAUAUCCCCGGUCGCAGUGACAGCUCAGCGCGGCCCAGCCCCGGCCGGGGCCGCCAGGGCAGCGCGGCGCUGCGUGCCGCCGGAGAGAGAUUUUCUACAAUCCCCGAGGCAAAGGUUUGCAUCUAUGGUGAUGACAAAUUUUACAGAAGAGCAUAUGUGGUUACAAAUGGAGCACGAACUAAGCUUGAGGAAACUAGUAGAGGGUUCAGAGUAUCAAGAACAACUGAAGUACGACUUCAAUAUAAAAGGGGAAUUGAGGCAUCUGGACACCAAUGAGUCCUUUGUUUUCAAUUAUUACAAGAAUGCACAUGAAAGGAAUCAUAAACGCUAUCAAAUAUUGGGACAUCUGCUUACCCAAUAUGUUUAUGAGCUCCUGGAAAGAGUUUGCAUGCUGCAGAAAGUCUAUAUUCCUACUGAUGCUACAGAAGAUGAACCGAGAAGUUUCUUUUUCAUGAGUGAGAAAGCACUGACAAAUACCUGUAGCCUAACUGUCCUUCUUCAAGACCGUGGAGUCUUUCGGGCUGGACAGUGGGGGCAAAAGACCAUUAUCAGUGAGGGCUUGGACCACGGAACACAAAUACCAUUCAUCAAAAUGGCCCUUCAAAGCCAUGGGGGAGUGAUUGUACUGAAUCCCAAUGACAACCUCAUGGAUCUGAAGAUAGAAAAUGAGAGGUUAAGCAUUUCUACCAGGGAAGAAUCAUUGUCUUCUACACAGUCCCCCUGGUCAAUCCCCAAGAGGUGCAGCAGCAGCCCUGAGGAACAUACCAUGUAUGUAUGGGAUCAUUUUAUUUCAAAGAGUGCAGCCAAGAAUGUGGCCUUCAUUGCCCAUGGCUAUGGUGGCUUGGUGUUCAUUGAUCUGCUCAUGCAGAGAAAAUGGGAGGUAAUGAAUAAAGUGUACUCUGUGGCAUUCAUCGACUCCAUGCACAAUACAGAGCACCAGACUAGAAAUGAUCCACAAAUACAAGAAUGGAUACAAAAAUAUUGCCGUGAAUGGGUGUCAAAUGAUAAGCCUCUAGAUAAACCCAUGGGUUCCCUUGUGAAAAUGAACUGUCCUACUGUCUCUGCUGGAACUGAAAAGUAUGGUUUAGCACCUUCCUAUUGCUUACAUGCCAUCUUUAAAUACCUGAAGAGAGCACUGAAAGCCAAGACCGUAACAGCCUUUGCACGUUCACCUAUUGCAACCCGAAGCAGCACAAGUAAGAAGAAAGAUAAUAAAUAAAAGCAUCCUGAUGUGUUUUUUCAUGGUGAUCUCUUCCUUUCAUAACCACUCCCACAUCUUUCAAGCUUUCAGUCAUCUAAGAACCUUCCUCUUGCUGUAGAGUGAUUUAUGGUUUUAAGUUUAAAGAUGGCUUUGUUUUGAGAAACAAAUACAAGUAAAUAUUAGGAAAGAGGGGCACAGUUGUAAGCUUUAAACCACAACUCUUCAGCUAUCUGUGAAAUUUAAAGUUGUACAAAAUAAAGAUGUUAAGGUUUA